CUGGGCAAAACUUGCGUCUCUCUGUUUUACAGGCUGGCCACACCAGUCCAGUCAUGGCGGCAGCUCUCAUGAACACGAGUUCCUUCCACCUCUUGACAAGGUUUCUCAAUUCACGAGUUCAGACUUCCUUGCUAAGCAGAGAUGGGUAAAAACCCUAGGUUACAUAGAGGUCCAAGUUUCCCAUCUGCUCUCUCAAACAAGCAAGUUCCAUCUACCGAUUCAGUCUACUUCGAUUUCAGAUACGUUCCAAUCAAUCUUCGACUUCAGAAUGGAAGAUGAAGAAUGCAAUUUGCUAAUAGAACCAAGGCAGAGGAUUGGGCAGAAAUUUUCAGAUUUUAUGACAAGGGUUGCAGAGUUUGAGGAGUUGGCGGCUAUGGGAAGUAGGCUACUUAUUGGCUUUCAGCAAGGGCUGGAGUUUCUUCGACGUCCUCCAUUAAACAAGACAUCAGAAUUGGUUGAGAAAAUCAUUAAAUCCAAUGAAACUAAAAGGGUUAAAUCAUAUGUUGAAGCGGGAUGUAUCAACUCUCAUGACGGAACACAAAACAUAAGCAAGUUACAUACAUGCCAACUUGGACUGCAGGACCAUUUAAGUAAAGCCAAAUGCAUACUCAGUGAAAUAGAAUGCCUGAUAGAUGAUGUAGUUGGAGGAAUGCAAACUACAAAUGAAAAUCUAUCAGACUUGCAGGAUAGGUAUUUUGACAAGUGGGAUCAACAAGAACCUGCUUAUGACAAGGGAGAAAUAGCAUCAACUCAUGCUUCUCAUCUUAAAAAGCAUGAAGCAACUGAUUAUGCUGCCAUGAUGGGUAUAAUUUUCAGUAUGGUGAAGCAAGAUUAUGUAAUGCAGGAAAGGAUUGUUUCUUCUCUGAAUCUUAAAUCAUCAACAGGUGAAUUGGAGAGCUAUUGCCUGAGUGGUCUUUGCGCCUUUCAUAAACGAUGAAAUCAUGCACCAAGCCUGGAAGCUUCUUCCCUGAUUGUCACAGGUUUUUAUUCAAUUGUUAACACAUCUUUAACAGUUAAAGUUUUAGUUUAUGAAUAGUUAUUUAUAUUAAAUUAGUAAAUAAUAAUUUAUUUCAUAACUUUAAAAUAUAUAACUUUUGAAAUUUUAUUUUAAAACAUGAGUUAUGUUCUAUAGACUAUAAACUAAUAGAAAUUGAUAGUAACUUAUGGGAACUUGAAUUGUCUGUGGGCUUGGCGUGGGUUAGGAAUUUAUCAACCCAAUGUUGGGUUAAGUUCUCUAUGGGUUGAACAUAUAGAGAGGUAGGUUUCAUAUAGAUUGACCUUCUAAUAUGUCUCACUCAUCCAAAUUGUACCCACUAGGGUAGCCCAAUUGGUUUGGACAACAAUUGAGAUGUGUGGGCCUAGUAAACAUUAAGAUGUGUUGUCCUAGUAAUGAUACAUAGUUCUGAAUUUGAAUCCUGUCAUUGAUGGUACCUUGAAUUUACCCCGGUUGUUGCAGAGGGUCAGU